AAUAUACGCUACUUUAGCUGCUGUUAGCAGUUUUCCGAGGGUUCCGAAGCUGCUCGAGCGAACCGUUCGUUUCAAAAGUGACGCGCUCGUUGGUUGCUGCACAACGUUUUGUCGUUGUUUGUUGUUGCGAGGAUUUUUGUUCUCUAUUUUGGAAGGUGAUUUUUUACUUUCACGGAACAACCGUUUGAAAGAUAAAAUAGCAGAGGGAAGAAGUUCUUUUUCUUUUCGCGGAGGCACAAAGCAAAGCAAAAAAGUAAAAAUUUGGCACGCAAAAUUUGAUUCUCUUUUCCGUUGUUUGAUAGUGGGCUGCGCGCUGUUUUUGGGCAAGAGAAAGUCAUCGUCGACGGACAUUGCAUGUGUUGCGUGUAGCAGCGAGAAUUACAUGAAUUGAAUGAAAGGGAAUGCGAGCGGUGUGAAGCAUUGAUAGGAAGUGGAGAUUUGAUGCAGUUGAGGGUGGCGGUGCAAAUGCAAUCGUUCAUCUGCGAAGCGUAGCGUUAUUCGGGGCUUUUCGAGUGUUUGGAUGGAAUAGAAACAGAAAUGUGUCGGAGGCUACAGUGAUAACGAAUUAAAAACAGUUAUAGAAGCAUUUGUUUUGUGGAAAUGAGUGUUGGAAAUCAGCAUGAUUAGAGUCAAUAAACAUAUUCGUUUCAAUAGUUGAAAGUCGCAUAUGUUCAAGUCUCCAGUGAAAAGCAAGUCUGAUUUUGGUUGAAAAAUACUCGAAAAUUGGUAGAACUUUGACGACAUGUAAAACGCGGAGAUGUUUAUGGAGCUGUUUUUAUCACUAUGGAUAACAAUUACUUGGUAGUUACUUAAUUGAAGUGUAUAUUAUAAAAUAACUCAAUUGUGGAGUAUAAAAUAUUUAGUAGUGAAGUGAAUUUUUCCCAACAAUAAUUUAUUUGGGCGUAUCAAACCGGUGUUCAAAAUGUCGGUUCAGGCGAAGCGUCAGCAUUGUUAUUUGUGUGAUUUGCCCCGGAUGCCGUGGGCCAUGAUCCACGAUUUUUCGGAAGCCGUGUGUCGGGGUUGUGUAAAUUAUGAAGGAGCAGAUCGCAUCGAGCUAGUUUUGGAUACGGCCAGACAGAUGAAGCGAAUUCACGCUGGUGCUGGCGGUGGAGGUGGUUCCGGUGCAAGUGGGGGAGGUGGAAAACGAGGCCACGAAAAUGGUGAGAUGCCGCACAGAUCGGUUCCACAAGCGCAUCAUCAUUACUCGGUGCGUACAGGUCCUAAUGGACCAACGUUGGUCGAUUUUACGCCUAAACAUGAGCCACACGAUAUUGCCGGAGUCCGUCCGGGGGCACGGUUGCAACAACAUAUCCCACCACAUCACUUACCACAUGCCAACAGACAGCAGGUGCCGCCGGCACUUUCCGUCAACUUGAAACGACCUCCGCCGGAGGAUGAUGAGCACGGACCGAUGGAUGGACCGACGGGAAGCGCCAAACGCGGAGCUGAUGAUUCAGUUGCCAUCCAGAGACCACCAUUGACGCGGGGAGACUCGCUGCCAGCGGUUCCAUUCGUCCCAGAUCGUCAGCAGGGGUACAAAGACAAGCAUCCGGUUCGGACAGCUUCCUUCGAUACGGCCACAUUUAAACCAGCUGACCAAAAACACCAAAACAUGGGGAUUUACGUGAACGCCCCUGUUGUGCAACGUUACAAAUUAUACCCGACCGUAAUACCGAUUCCGCCUGUUUCAAUGGGCGAUUCAACGCCACCGACACCGUCGGUAGCACCACUGCAAAGCCCAAUGGCAAAUCUAAUGUCGAUUACGGAGACUCUCCCGCCGGGCAGUCCACGCAACGGUCCUAGCCCACCGGGACCGCCACCUCCCCGCACAGCUUCUAGAGGUUCUCAGCAUUCGCCUAACAGUUCCGGAUCGUCCAGCGGCCGAAGAUCCUCCGGCUCCCGGCACGUAUCCAGUACGACGGUAACAUCCACCGAAGCGCAACAAUCCAACCAGUCGGGCGUUCCAGGAGGCGCUUCCACUCCCAACGGUAGUGGCUCGAAUGGCAAUGGCAGUACUACACCGGUCUCCCUAGGUCCUUUGGGCGCUCCCUCAAUUGCCCAGCAGCAGCAGCAGCAGCCACCACAAUCACAAACCGGACCACAACAACCUCAAUCGGACGGCGUUGGAGGACUAGCCCCGGGAGCAGGAGGACCCACCGGACCCCCGGGAGCGGCUGGCCCGGCUGGACCGGGUGGACCUCCUGGAAUUAACGGACCCACACCUAGCAGUGGCCCUGGUGGACCUGCGCCCGCGCCGGCGCCCAAUCCUACGCUCAAGUGUACCCUUUGCCAGGAACGGUUGGAGGAUACCCACUUCGUGCAGUGUCCCUCGGUUGGCCAUCAUAAGUUCUGUUUCCCCUGCAGCCGCGAGAGCAUCAAGCGACAGGGCUCCGGUGCCGAGGUAUACUGUCCGAGCGGCGAGAAAUGUCCGUUGGCCAAUUCGACGAUACCGUGGGCAUUCAUGCAGGGCGAGAUCGCCACCAUCCUCGGCGAGGAGUUGAAGGUGAAAAAAGAACGCGAAACGUAGAGCCGUGAUAACGAUGGCAGUGAGCGGAUGUCGUACUCCUACCGUUACUUGUACCACAACAACACCAGCAGCAACAGCGGCAGCGGUAGCAGCAAUAGCUAUCCUGUGCUGGAUGCAACGAUGCCACACAGUCCUGGUUGUCAUCAUUGUCCGCAUCCAAAUUUGGGUUUGGGUGUAGCAUCUUCGGUAACAGCUGCAUCUCCAUAUUCGCCACUUCCAGCUGGUUGGGAGUUUAGCAAUGUCGAACCUGGCUACGAAUUUGAGUGAGUCUUGUUCUUUGCAGCGCAGUGCGAGUUCGGCGAGUUGAACUUUUGUUAUCAGAUUAGGAAUGUCAGAAACAGAGAGAAAGCGAGAAUCUCGACAGUGGCGGGUUCUAUAGUAAUUUUUUGACGGAAAAUUUAAAAAAGCGUGAAGAGGGGAGAAAGUUUUUAUAUAAAACGUUUUUGGGAUACACAAUAACUAGAACAGUUGCUGUACAUAAUCAAAAAUAGGCUAAGUUGGAUCAGAAACACGGGCUCCGGAAGUGGAGGUAAACAAGAAUUGGUCUAAGGAGCGAUAUUGUGUGCGCCCAAUCUCUCCAUAAGGGGCCCAGCAAGAGAGAAUUACUUCAUUUGCAAUCAUUUUUGGCAAAUCUCAGACGGGAUUUAAAACCACAUUGUUCGUUUGUAUGUUCUUAUUUGAGAGACGUGAGAUACCCGAAACGCAUAACUAAUUAGUCGUAGCAGAAAUCAGAAUCCUUAGUGAUAAUAAGUGAACAGACACAAAUGUGAAUAACCGGAAUGGGAAGAAAAGUACACACAGACACACACAUACACAUUUGUGUGUGGUUGGGGAUAAACCCUUCUAUUGAUAUGUUUGUUUUAUAAAGAUUUUUUAAUUUAGUUAAGAAUUGAAUAUUUUAAUGUAAAGAGAUACACAUGCGUAAAUAAGAAUACAGAUAACCCUGAAAUAGCCAGAAAUGAAGCCGUUGCUAUGCAUUAGCCAGUUUAGAUGUUAUGUAUUAAAAUAUAAUUCGCAUUAUGCGUUAAACUGGAAUUAAUUUUUGUAUGAAAAAAGUAAGAACAGAACGCGAAAAGUGAGUAGAAGAUCCCAUAACUCUAUUUUAAGAGUUAACCUAUUUAAUUUUUAUUACUCUUAACCUAUUUUUUACAUUGAGCAUCUUAUAUUUAUGAUUAUGCUAGCUUUAAACAAACCUACCUGUACAUAGUGGAGAUGAUUUAGCGUAAAAAGAUGUUUUUUUUUGUUUUUUUUUAAUUUAAUAAUUUUAAACGGACGAGAAAAAAAAAUGUUACAGAGAGAAACAGUUCACAAAUACAGUUGAAAAAAUAUUGGUCAUACAAA